GUCAUUUGUUCCGCGUUGGCCUGGACGUGGCACCGAGGAGGAGCUCCGGUCUGUCCCCGGUCUGUUUCCCGGUCUGUCCCCCGGUCUGUCCCCGGUUCUUCUCUGGUCCGAGCUCCGGUUCUUCUCUGGUCCGAGCUCCGGUUCUUCUCUGGUCCGAGCUCCGGUUCUUCUCUAGUCCGAGCUCCGGUUCUUCUCUAGUCCGAGCUCCGGUUCUUCUCUAGUCUGAGCUCCGGUUCUCCUCCUGGUGAAGAUGGGCCUGACCAUCUCGUCUCUGUUCUCCAAGUUCUUCGGGAAGAAGCAGAUGAGGAUCCUGAUGGUCGGUUUGGACGCAGCUGGAAAAACAACGAUCCUGUACAAACUGAAGCUGGGAGAGAUCGUCACCACCAUCCCAACCAUCGGGUUUAAUGUGGAGACGGUCGAGUACAAGAACAUCUGUUUCACAGUCUGGGACGUCGGUGGUCAGGACAAGAUCCGUCCUCUGUGGAGACACUACUUCCAGAACACACAGGGUCUGAUCUUCGUGGUGGACAGUAACGACAGAGAGAGAGUAACAGAGUCGGCAGAGGAACUCUCUAAGAUGAUCCAGGAGGACGAGCUGAAGGAGGCGGUUCUUCUGGUGUUUGCUAACAAACAGGAUCUUCCAAACGCCAUGGGAGUCAGUGAACUCACCGACAAACUGGGCCUGCACAGCCUGCGCAGCAGAACUUGGCAUGCCCAGGCUACCUGUGCGACCCAGGGUACAGGUCUGUACGAGGGACUCGACUGGCUGUCCAAUGAGCUGUCCAAACGCUAGACCACCUGACAGGAAGCUGUGAUGUCAUCGAGGUGUACAGACUGAAGAAGAAGAUUUUUAAAUUAUACCUGUAGCAGGAAGUGAUGUCAUGGACUCUGAGCUCUUCUGUUGUUUUCUUUUUUUCUUUUAAUACGCAUGUUGUAACUCAAUCAUGUGACAGGAAGUCAGGGGGCGGGGAUACCUACAGGUGACUGAAGGGGGCGGGGAUACCUACAGGUGACUGAAGGG